CGUGACCAGAAACGUCAACAGCACAAUGGCAGCCUCCUGUUUGUAAAUGAACACACGGUCCAAGCUGCAAAAGGAGCGCACAGUUUUUGCACAAGACCGACCAUUUCGAAGUACAACGACUGGAUACUACAAUGUCUCCAAAGAUCACCGGAGAGCUGCUUCGGCUUCUUCGCCAGGCAAUGAAAAACUGUAAAUACUUCCCUGAACCAAUACAGGCCUACAUCGUCCCGUCUGGCGAUGCACACCAGAGUGAAUACAUUGCCCCUUGUGAUUGCAGACGCGAGUUUAUCUCUGGGUUCAAUGGCUCUGCAGGAACAGCCAUUGUGACAGAGCAACAUGCUGCGCUGUGGACUGACGGGCGGUACUUUCUGCAGGCCAGUCAACAGAUGGACAACAACUGGACUCUUAUGAAGAUGGGCCUGAAGGAGACGCCAUCACAGGAGGACUGGCUCAUCAGUGUCCUUCCUGAAAACUCCAAAGUUGGGGUCGAUCCUUGGAUUUAUGCUGCUGAUCAGUGGAAGAACAUGUCCAAGGCUCUGACCGGUGCCGGGCACUCUCUUGUGUCUGUGCAUGAAAACAUGAUUGAUGUUAUUUGGGCAGACAGGCCUGAGCGCUCCAGCACACAGCUACGGACUUUGGGUUUAGAGUAUACAGGUUUGUCCUGGCAAGACAAGAUCACAACCCUGCGGGCAAAGAUGACAGAGAGGAAAAUCACCUGGUUUGUGGCCACAGCACUGGAUGAGAUUGCAUGGCUUUUUAACCUCCGUGGUGCAGACAUCGAAUACAACCCAGUUUUCUUUGCAUAUGCUAUUGUGGGGAUGAACACGAUAAGGUUUUUCAUUGACCUGAAGAGGCUGAAUGACCCUGCGCUGAGGUCCCAUCUUCAGCUGGACUCUCCGCUCAAACCCGAGCUGAGUAUCACGACGCUUCCGUACGAGUCUGUGUAUUCUGAGCUGCAGGCCGUCUGCGCCGCUCUCGGCCCCAAGGACAAAGUGUGGAUCUGUGACAAGGCCAGCUGUGCACUGACCCAGGCCAUCCCCAAGAAUCACCGGACCCCCAUCCCCUACACUCCCCUGUGUUUGGCCAAAGCUGUGAAGAACCCAACUGAAAUCCAAGGAAUGAGAAUGGCCCAUAUCAAAGAUGCAGUAGCUCUCUGUGAACUUUUUGCCUGGUUAGAGAAAGAGAUUCCCAAAGGCACAGUGACGGAGAUAUCUGCAGCUGAUAAAGCUGAAGAAUUCCGCAGCCAGCAGAAAGAGUUUGUAGGUCUCAGCUUCCCCACCAUCUCAAGUGUCGGACCAAAUGCAGCAAUCAUACAUUAUCGUCCACUGCCUGAAACCAACAGAACCCUCACCGUAAAUGAAGUGUACCUGAUUGACUCUGGGGCUCAGUACAUUGAUGGAACCACAGACGUCACUCGCACCAUGCACUUUGGAACACCUUCUCCUUUUGAGAAGGAGUGCUUUACUUAUGUACUGAAGGGACACAUUGCCGUCAGUGCUGCAAUUUUCCCCAAUGGAACCAAAGGCCACUUGUUAGAUUCGUUUGCCCGUGCAGCCUUGUGGGACUCUGGAUUGGACUACCUUCACGGGACAGGGCAUGGUGUGGGCUGUUUCUUAAACGUUCAUGAGGGCCCAUGUGGCAUCAGCUACAAGACAUUUGCCGAUGAACCUCUGGAAGCAGGCAUGAUCGUCAGUGAUGAGCCUGGCUACUACGAAGAUGGCUCAUUUGGCAUUCGUAUAGAAAAUAUUGUUCUUGUUGUGCCAGCUAAACCCAAGUACAACUACAGAAACAGAGGAAGCCUUACAUUUGAACCACUGACUCUAGUCCCCAUUCAAGUCAAAAUGAUGAACACAGAGCUGCUCACCCAAAAGGAGAGGGACUGGGUGAACGAGUAUCACAGAAAAUGCCGGGACGUCAUCGGGGCAGAGCUGGAGCGUCAGGGCAGGAAGGAGGCGCUGCAGUGGCUCAUAAGAGAGACACAGCCAAUCGUCUGAGGACCUGUGUGCACCUAUGUGUAACUGGACGAUCGAUCGCUCUGCACUGAUAAUCAUUUGUAUUCUCUCUCACUCUGUGUCUCACACUCAGCUUCUUUUGUAAAGCACAUUGUAUCUGCAGUUUUAUUAAAUGUGAUCAAAAUCCAAA